CCACCAGCAUCAGAUUUCUGUGUGUAUGUGUGUGUGAGUGAGGCAGAGAGGCACUCCUUUUGCAGAGAGAGAGAGAGAGAGAGAGAGAGAGGGGAGAGAAGUCCAGAAAGCUUUGGAGCAUUGAAAGAAGAAAGAAGAGUCGCUGCUGCCACAUUUCCACUCUCCACAACCAAAAACAAAGUGAAUACUCCUGCUUGAAAAAGUUUAGAAAGAAGCGGCCAUGGACGGGAUAACAUUAGGACGCGCGUCGCUCUUGUGCACCUUGCUGCUGUGGGCGUUUCAAGUUUGUAGCGGGGCUGUGACCGUGAAGGUGGCUCCUAACGUGGAGGUGUUGAAAGGAGAGACUGCCAAACUUCCCUGCACAUACACCGUCUCACCGCAGUCGAGCAGCACUGUCAUUGAGUGGUACAUUGAGGAGCAGGGUAAAAGGCAGCGUGUGGCUUUCUCUCAGGGUGGCCAGGGAAAGGCUGAUGACGGCACCCCUCUGACUGGCCGCGUCACCAUCGGAGCAGACGCCACCUUGACCAUCUCCGCUGUUCAACCGUCCGAUGAGCUCGUCUACUACUGCCAGGUCACUGGUGGGCCCUCUGGGGUUGGAGAUGGCGCCACUACGCUCAAAGUCUUCUUUGCUCCUGAGAAGCCAGAACUCACGAAACCACGUAGUCAGGCCAUUUCUGUGGGAGGGACUACCAGCUCUGAGAUUGGUACCUGUGUGACGAUGAACGGACAUCCCCAGCCAAGAAUCAUCUGGUACAAAGAUGACCAGCCCCUCGCUGAGGUCAAGGAUAAGAACGAGAGCCCCCACAUGGUUCCCUCUAUGGUGAAGGAGGCCUCCGGUCUCUUCACUGCAAAGAGCAUCCUGUACAUGCAGCCCACCAAGGCAGACAAGGACUCUGUGUUCCAUUGCGUCGUGGAGUACAGCAUGCCAGGAGAUGAGAUCAAACAGAAGAUGUCCGACACCAUCACCAUCGAACUCAACUAUCCCUCUGAGAAAGCGACCUUUUCCCUACUCAACACUGAUCCGGUCAAAGAGGGCGAUGUUGUUAACAUGAAGUGUGAGACUGAUGGAAACCCUCAGCCUGAGUUUGACUUCAUUAAAGACGGGAAAGACAUCACCGGUCAGGAAGGGCUCCUGACGCUGAAAUCUGUCAAGCGCACAGACAGUGGUUUGUACAAGUGCACAGCUAUAGAUUUCGAUAACCUGGACGCUGACCUGACUGGAACCAUCACUCUCACUGUCAACUACAUCGACCCGGUGAGCGUGACCCCUGCCCAACCUCAAGUCGUCAUGCUCGGAGACAACGUGGAGUGGCAGUGCAAGACCAAGGCCUCAACCUCGCACACUGUUCAGUGGAAAAAGGGUUCUGAGGUGCUGUCACAGGACGGCACGCUGUCAUUAAAGGGUGUUUCCUAUGAUCAAGCUGGAGAGUACAUGUGCGUUGGAGCCGUGCCAUCUGUGCCAGGACUGACGGCCGAGGCUAGUGUUAACCUCACUGUCAAAGGAAAGCCUAUGAUCGAGGCUCCGGCCAUUGGAGAGGUGGGGAAGGAAGGAGACAUGGUGACUCUGAAGUGCUCAGCCCACGGCUCUCCUGCCCCUCAGUUCACCUGGAAGCCCUCAGGAAAAGAGUCGGUAUCAGUGGAAGGUAACAAGGCGGUAAGCACCGUGACCCUACAAGCCACUGCCGAGGUCAUGAAGAACGGGGUGACCUGCGAGGUCUCCAAUGAGCACGGAACAGAUAGCAAGACCAUCCUGGUAUCUCUCAAAAGAGCAAUUGACAACUCGGCCGACAGAGCUGACAAGCAGCAGGGAGGCUCCAGCGGGGUGGUCAUAGCCGUGGUGGUGUGUGUUCUGCUGCUCCUGCUGCUGGUGGCUCUCAUCUACUUCCUGAACAAGAAGAGCAAGCUGCCCUGCGGCAAGAAGGACAAGAAGGAAGUGGCCAGCGGAGAGGUGAACAAUGACAUUGUGGUGGAGAUGAAGACAGACAAGGCCAACGAAGAGGCCGGUCUCCUCAACAAGAGACCGUCCACAGAACAGUGAUGAAAGAGGACAAUGAAAGUAACCGACAGAGGGAUGAAGGGAAGGAGGAGAACAAUUAUGAAGACAACAGGGCUAAUUUUUAUUCACUACACAAGACUGUGGGGGACAACAUGAGGUGGAACAUGGACUUUGGUUUGUUUUGGGGACCUUGGGCGACACACUAUGUCUGUUAUCGGUUGUGCUUGUUUUAUAACCUGGAGUAGACUUUUUUGGAUGGAGGUUUUCUUUUUGUUUUUAUUGUUAAAGUGACAAGGUGGCCUGUUAAGGUGAAACUCCAUCCGUAUGUGCUACCACAGGUUUAAAACCAUACACGUGCAAAAUCACAAUGUGACAUCACUGGAUGACAUUAUUAUUAUUAUUGUUAUCAUGGCUUCUUUUGAUUCUUCCUCACCAAUUGCAUCUUUGGUUCGACUCCUCUGCAGAGUAGAGCUGCACAGCAAGUACAGCUGGCACAGUCCAAACACUGUGGCAGAAUCUUUCUUAUCUACCCCAAAUGAAACACAAAAUGCCAUUAAGCCACAGUGUUGCUCUGGACCGUGUGCCAGUGUGCAAGUGUUACACUGAACGUCUACUCUGCCUUGGAGUCUGCACUUAAAUUCUGUGCUCUCUGAAAUGUCACAUGGUGCCAUUCUGUUUUUAUUCACCUCAAUAACAAGCGAUGAUUUACGCUCACAACAUUUAAUCCCUCAGCAGCACGCUGUUUGGCACACACGGCUGUAACAUUUCCGCUCAAAGACACUCUGUGUUUGCUUUAGUGCUGUUUGUUUAAUUGCAUUUUUGCCACCUGUGAAUGUUUGUGUGUUUUUUUCUUCCCCCCAUAUCCUUAAUUAGCUUUCCGUAGAAGCAGCCCAGGCAUUUAAUAACGCCAAUCCUUUCUCUUAAAUUGCUUGCCUUUUUUUUUUUUUUUUUUUUAAAUCCAGCUAAAAAGCCACCAAACAAGCAAGCUAUUAUGUUGUACAAAUUUGUUCUUGCCAUUUCCAGCAUACUUGUAUAUUAUGUUAGUACAUCAAUUGUUGACGUUGCUCUCCUGUUUUCUCUGUAAAUUCAAAUACUACUAUUACCCUGUCUAUCAAGCAGUAGGUGUAUUGGGCAUGAUGUGGAGUUACUGUGGUUACUAAGCUGCCGGUCUGGGACUGUAAUUGCCACCAUUUCUUACCUCGUCUUUUGCAGCCCUUCAGUCCUGUACGCUGGGAUGAAACCAUUCUUACAAAUGCAGCUCGCGACAAUUCAGCUCAGAAAGCCCCAAUUAUCAUCAGCUUUCACUGUAAAAUUGGUGAAAUUCUGCGAAAUGGUCGACAAUCUCAAACUGUGGCCUGCUGUGAUGUCAUUUCUCCCCGUGACAACAAAAUGAGACUUUCAGGGAGCUGCAGCAAAGUAGUCACAGAUUCACCUGUUAGGAGAAAUCACCGGCGCAGGUUCACUCAAGUUUGAUAGAAGCAGGGAAGGGAAGGGGAAGGUGUGGGAGGGAUCGGGUGGGUUCUUGCUGGAGUUUGUGAUGUACUUUUUAUUUUUACCAAAUGGAAGAGUUUGUGAGUGUCACAGCAGGAGUGUUUCUGUGUUUAGGUACGCGAUACUGGCGUUUCUGUUCCUCCCCUACACUGUCGGCAGGCCAGAGAGGUUUGAUAGCGGGUUGCCCUUUUACGUUGUUGUACACUGGAACCAAUGGCCUUGAUUUUUUAAAAGAAUGUCACCUCAAACCACUAUCUCCGCCCACAAGGCUUGUUUAUUUUGUGAUGUCUGUCUACUGAUCUUGCCAUAUUGACUGUUAGCGAACCUGUGAUGGCAGGUGAAGAUAGAUAAGUGAACUUGGAGCAUCGUUUUUUUGAUUUUUAUUUGUUUUAUAUAAAAAAUAUUGUGGUAUUAAAGUUGUUUUUCUAGAAAAGGGGAUUCUUAAUUUUGGAACUACUGAGUUUUCAUUUUUCCCUGGCUUUUCCACUCGCUCUGAGAGAAGAGAGAAUUUUUUUAUUUUUUUUUUUUUUUUUUUAGGAUUCUUUUUUUUUUUUUAUAAGAUAUUCUCAGUGCUUUACUUCUCUCUCUCUGUACUGUAUACUGUAUAUUUUGUGGUACGCUGUUGUGACCUCUGUGGUGUGUUGAUGUAUCUUUUUAUUUUGUUCCAGCUGUGUAGAAUUUCUAAUGAAACAAACCUUCAAGAAAACCAAUCACAACACAAUAA